CUACGUCCCAAAAAGGGGGGGGAUUAAAGAGAGAGAGACCACACGCAGAUUGUCCGUGGCUAGAAAAGUCACAUUGAACUACAGGUAUAAAUUCGCCGCAGAAGCACGUGCCCCCGAGUUGGCUGGACUCACCGUACUGGCAAUUUGCUCUUAGGAAGCAUGUGAAAAUUAAACCAUGAAUUCAAGUGGCCAAGCUUGGAGGAGAUUCUGGAGAUUGAUCAUUAUCUGUGCUAGCGAGAGGUGGUAGGGCCUUGUCAAGCAGGGACUGUGGCAAUAUAACUCACGUGCUGGGAUGACGAAGGAGCUCCUGGGCAGGGGCUGCCAAUGCUCAGGUGGUUGUGCAGAAAUGCAGGUUGCUGGAGUGACGAAGCGGAGCCGGGGCAGUCACAGUGGCUCGCAGUAAUGCUCAGAUGGAGGUGUAGAAUUGCAGGCUGUGGAAGGCGUAAGUUGGAAGGGGUCAGCGAGGAAAUGGUUGAACAGCGUGGGCGGUACUACAAAUGCAACACUGGAGGCCAAGUACUAGUAGGUUUACGGUCGACGCGCACCCCUUAGGCCGACUUGCCGCUCCCAUAUGCAUCACCGUUGAAUCCAACCCACACCAGAUCCUUUAAUGCACUGGUCUGGCCUAAUGGUCUAUAUUGAGCAAUGACAUCUCUCAGGUGCUUCCUCCUGCCUGUUGUCAUUCUUAUCUUGGGGCUCUUCGCAAGUGCUGUCCAGGCAAGGGCACGGGGUCGCGCGUUUCCCAGGCCAGGGGACUUGGCCAGUGGGUUGCUUGUGCAGGGACGGACAAUAUCAACAAAAGAGGGGCGGUGGGCGGGGGCAGCUUAUGCGCGUGCUUUGAAAGAAGCAGACUUUGAUCCACACUUGGAUGACGAGCUGUUUGGAGAUUCAAAGGAGGUCUUCAAGGAGUUGGAGCCCUUGCCUGUAGAAAAUCGAGUCAUAGGGCCACUUCCGCUGGAUCUAGAGAUCGCUGGGGGUGACAACGAUGAGGACUACGGUGAUUCGGAAGGGGGGGGCACGCUGGCGCACAUGCUUGACAAAGUGCUGGAGAAGGAGUUCCCGGACGAGGAGCUGCACAAAGACGUCAACAGGACGAGCAUCAGCAACUUCAAUAGCAGUGUGGAGGCGCAGAACGCUGUGCUGGAGACGGUGGCGCGUGUUUCGACGCACAAAAUUGAUUCCAAUGAGAGCCAGGCACACUCCUUUGAGCUGGGGGAUCUCAUCAAGACGGACAAAACUGGGGAUGCUGAAGACGUGGAGCGGCUCAUUGAUGCGGAGGACAACGUGUUUGUCAUCUCCAAUCCUGCCAAUGGCAACAUGAUGCUCCAGCAGGACCUCAAAUUCAUCGCGGACCUUGUGAUCGUGAUCGUUUCUGCGGCGGUUGGUGGGGUCCUCUUUGCGCUGCUGGGGCAGCCAGUGAUUACGGGCUACAUUGCUGCAGGGUCGCUCAUUGGUCCCGGCUGCCUUGGCCUCAUCAACGAGUUGGUCCAGGUGGAGACGCUCGCGCAGCUAGGGGUGGUAUUCCUCCUCUUUGCGCUGGGCCUAGAGUUCUCCGCCGCUAAGCUGCGUGUGGUGCAAAAUGUGGCCGUGUUCGGAGGGCUCCUCCAGAUCGGCCUUUUCAUGGCCGUCUGUGGGGCACUAGCGCAAUUAGCGGGGGGCAACGUGUCCGAGGGCAUCUUCGUUGGCGCCUUCAUGUCGAUGUCUUCUACGGCUGUGGUGUUGAAGUGUUUGGGCGAAAAGGGCUCCAUGAGCUCUCUGCCCGGUCAGAUUACGGUGGGCACGCUCAUUUUGCAGGACUGCUGCGUGGGCAUGCUUUUUGCGUUGCUGCCCAUCCUGGGGGGCGGCAAUUUCGCCCAGGGGGUCAUCUCUAUGUCUCGCGAGGUGAUGCUACUGGGCAUGUUCCUGGCGCUGGCCACUCUAGCGGCGCGCCUCCUACUGCCACGAGUCUUGGAGCUCGUCGCCAGGCUCUCUGCCCAGUCCAACGAGUUGUUCCAGCUGUUCGCAAUCGCCUUCUGCCUAGCCGUGGCCUGGGUCACGGACCAGUGCGGCCUGAGUGUGGAGCUGGGGGCCUUUGCGGCCGGUGUCAUGAUCUCAUCCACGCAGUACCAAGAGCACACCUUGCAUCAGGUGGAGCCGGUGCGCAACGUGUUUGCAGCGCUGUUCCUCAGCAGCAUUGGGAUGCUGAUGAACCCCACUUUCCUGUGGCAGCACAAGGACAUUCUCUGCCUCUCUGUCGUCCUUGUGUUCGUCGUCAAGACCACUCUCGUCACCACUGUUGUGCGCGGCUUUGGCUACUCGUUGCGCACCGCACUGAUGGUCGGCAUCUCGCUGGCCCAGAUCGGCGAAUUUGCGUUUGUCUUGCUCAGUCGAGCGUCCAACGUGAAUCUGAUUGAGCGGCGGGUUUACUUAUUGCUACUGGGAACUACUGCCCUGAGUCUGGUAACCACUCCAAUCAUGUUCCGGUUGAUGCCUAGUAUUAUCAACUGCGGGGUGUCGUUGAACUGGCUUCGGCCAGAGCAAGACACGGGAAGGUCGCGAGAGGUCGUUAAGCUAGAAGCCAAUGGUUCUGAGCAAGCUGACUGGGAGACAGAGCUUACGCUUUUACAAAGGGAGUCGCAAUAGCACCCUGGAACAUGCGUUCACUAUACAGUCCUUUUGUCCCAUGUCCUUGAUGUAUUUGCUGCUAAAUGAGUGGCGCACACUCAUUAGACAGACACGGACUGAAAAAAAAGUUGCUUAUAUGCUUAUAUUACAGUGAUGUAGCUUGUAAAGUGUGUAACUACUUGAAGGAUAGUUGUCAUCCUGACCCUGUACUUGCUAGAGUUGGCAUGGUCUUGCCC